CCCUGUUUCCCUUUGCUCUCUCUGUCUCCCUUCCACCCAGGCCAGAGCCAUGGCCCACCCACCCCGCCAACCACCCCAAAGACAGAGCUGCAGUCGGGCAAGGCAGACCCCAAGCGGGAUGGGCGCUCCAUGGGGGAGGGCGGGAAGCCCCACAUCGAUUUCGGCAACGUGGACAUCGGGGAGAUCAGCCACGAGGUAAUGUCCAACAUGGAGACCUUUGACGUGGCCGAGUUGGACCAGUACCUGCCGCCCAAUGGGCACCCAGGCCACGUGGGCAGCUACUCAGCGGCCGGUUACGGGCUGGGCAGCGCCCUGGCUGUGGCCAGUGGACACUCCGCCUGGAUCUCCAAGCCGCCGGGAGUGGCUCUGCCCACGGUCUCGCCACCUGGUGUGGAUGCCAAGGCCCAGGUGAAGACAGAGACCGCAGGGCCCCAGGGGCCCCCACACUACACCGACCAGCCGUCCACCUCUCAGAUCGCCUACACCUCCCUCAGUCUGCCCCACUACGGCUCGGCCUUCCCCUCCAUCUCCCGCCCCCAGUUUGACUACUCUGACCAUCAGCCCUCGGGACCCUACUACGGCCACUCAGGCCAGGCCUCUGGCCUCUACUCGGCCUUCUCCUACAUGGGGCCCUCACAGCGGCCCCUCUACACGGCCAUCUCUGACCCCAGCCCCUCUGGGCCCCAGUCCCACAGCCCCACACGAGGCCCUGGCAGAGGUCCCCAGACCCAAUUCUGUGCCAAUAACCUCUCCCUGUCUGAUGGAGCAAGGGAGCCCCAGGCCUCCGUGGUGACCUCGCAGACCUUGAGCACAUCCCAGGAGGGCAGGAGUCCAACCUGCACUCGGGCCCAGAUCUACUCCCCCUUGCAAGCAUACGACUCCAGGGGUGGGGAACCUCUUCUCGCUCCACUGAUGGACGGCUGUGGUAGCCGGAAGUGCUCCCUUAAGCCCAGCUCACUUGAUAGCCAGCGCUACCACUUAGGACUUGGCUGUGGGUGCAGUAGCCCAGGCCCCCUGGGGUUGCCACACUGCCUCUACCUGGAAGCUGCAUCCUACAAGGCCUUCAGCUCUCCCCACCCCACCCCCCCACGCUGUUGA